AUGGCUUCCAUAGUGCAAUAUUUAGAUUAUGUUAUAGUCAUAACAGUUCUCCUUUUGUAUGCAUCCUGUGCUGAAUCUGAAGUUCCUGCUCCUGCUCCUGCUCCCGCUCUUAAAGAUAAUUCUCCUGCUCCUGCUCUUAAAGAUAAUUCUCCUGCUCCUGCUCCUGGUCCAAAAGAUAAUUCUCCUGCUCCUGCUCCUGCUCCAACAGAUAAUUCUCCUGCUCCUGCCUCUUCUCCAUUAUCCCCUACUCCUACUCCUCCAUCUACCCCUGUUUCUUUUCCAUCAGGUUCAAAAGGAGGGAAUCCAGAAAACAUUUCCCAUAAAGAUAAUUCUCCUGCUUCUGCUCCUGCUCCAAAAGAUAAUUCUCCUGCUCCUGCUCUUAAAGAUAAUUCUUCUCCAUUAUCCCCUACUCCUACUCCUCCAUCUACCCCUGUUUCUUCUCCAUCUGACCCUGACCCAUCAGGUCCAAAAGGAGGGAAUCCAGAAAACAUUUCCCAUUGUAAGGAGGGAAUGAGUUCAGGUCAAAAGGCUGGAGUUGUUAUUGGUGUUCUAUUAGCAGUGGCCUUGUGUGGAUUUGGGUUUGUGAUUUACAGGAAGAGGAGGAGUAAUAUAAGAAGAGCUCGGUUUGGUUAUGGAGCUCGUGAUCAGUUUAUGGACAAAAAAGUUUCAAUGGUUAAAGAGAUGGUUAAAGAGAUGUGUUCGGUCAUGGCUACAAGAGCUAGGGGAGGUGGUCAUACGGGUGGUCGCAAUAGAGGCAAAGGUGGAGGUAGGGGUGGAGGUCGGGGUCGUGGUUCUAAUCAUCACAGUCCUUCACCACCACCUACUCAUGUGAGUGUUGAGCCAGAACAGUCUGUUCACCAGGAUUCUCAGCAUGCAGAAGAAUAG